AGUGUAGUAUUCUGAUAACGUCAAUAGCUUGACUAAGAGCCCUCGGAGAUGGGCGAGCUCGGCCGCCCCCGGCAAGUAAGUCUAUUGCAACCCUCUUUGACUUCAGGCAUCAAACAAGUCAUCUACCUGGGUGUGGGUGGGCCUACAUACGAAUGGAGACAAAAAAAAAAACCCAACACACCGAGCAAGCAAGAGUGCCAUCGUCCGUAAGAUAGUCAGAAAAUGCAAAAGUCUCUGCUCCGCCAUGGUGGCGUGGCGAACAUUGCCCGCCUAUGUCGGCCCAUUGGGUGGCAGGCAAUAGUGUGAGGGUUUGUCUGUCUUUGUUGCUGUGCCAUGUUGUUGCGCUGGGGGUGGAGACGGUCUGCGGAACCCCCUUUGCGGCUGAGAAUGCAGAUGCCCUAUGGCCGCUUGGCGCAGUGGCAGUUCGCCAACCCACCCCAGCUCAAGCGCCGCUGUGGGCCGCCUGUGCCCGCGGCUGGGAGGAUCCGCUUGUGGUAGGUCGAUGGGGCCUGUCGAGGUUGAGCCAGGCCCAGGGCAAGGUCGGGGGUUUAGGGAUCAAGGUUGUGAUGGUGGAGGAGCCGAGACGAUGGCGGCAGAGUUGUGGACACGGAGGAGGGUAGGGGAUGACGAUGCGGGCGGGAGUUUCGACGACAGCGUCGCAUUCUGAUAGAUGAAUAUUGUUGAUUGGCCGAGGGGGCCAUUGUCUUGGGUGAGUGAGCGGACCAAGUGUUGUUAUCAGACCGUCUAAGCUACGACCAGACAGAAAGUGGUGUGAAG